AUGGCUUCCGAGGCACGUGACCGCUACGACCUGCUGUUACUCGAGCCGCUGGCGUUUGACUGCGUUUCGUACCUGGCCGCGUCGCUCUUUCUGCCUGUGAUCUACUCGAUCCCGUCGCCAAUGAUGACUUUCGCCGAACGCCGGUUCACCGGUCACUUGUCCAACCCGACUUGUGUGUCCAAUAUGUUGGCCAGCCAUGCCGUGCCCGGCACAUUCGUCCAAAGGUUCACCAACACGGCGCUGCUGACGUACAGCAUGGCCAAGAUGAAGUACGACCAGCUGAUCACCUUGGUCUCGGACCCGAGACCGUAUGACCUGGCGCCGACCGUCAACCCGUCCAUAAUCUUCCAGAACAGUCAUUAA